GCUGCGUGCAGCCUCUGAUGCUCGGAUGAGACAUUUCCCGCCUGCUUCUGACCACGCCCCCUCUUACUUGAUGUAGCUGUCGGAGGUGCCAUUCACAGCCUGACAUAAUGACGCAGCGCACGGAUAUACCCCGGGACGUUGUCAUUCUUCUGCGAGAGGCGGAGUCUUUUCUAUCCACUUGCCUUCAGCAUGAAACUGUGAGCAGCAAAGCAAGAGAACUUGGAGAAGAAAUACUCCUGGAUUUCAGGACACUUCGCAGCCGGUACCCUUUGUAUUUUCAACUGAGCGAUGAUGACGCAGAUACAGAAGGACAGGAUAAUUAUGAUGAUAAUGGUAGCCUGAGUCAUGGCACUGCGUCUGACGAGGUUUCCCUUCCCUUCCAUUACCUGGAUGAAGAAUCUCGAGAUGCAGAAGAGCCUGAAAAGAUUUUGAAACAGGGCUUCCUAGAGAAGAGGAACAGAGAUCAUGGCUUCUUUGGAUCAGAAUGGCAGAAAAGGUGGUGUGUUCUCACUAACAUAAGCUUUUGUUACUAUUCUAGCGGGAAAGAUUGUAUUGCAGGGAAAGUUCCCAAGGGUGGCUUCCUGAUAAAAGACUGUGGUGCCCAGCUGGUUUCAAGUAUCCGCAAAGACUCUCGACGAGAUUCCUGCUUUGAGCUCGUCUCUCCUGGCAAUCGCAGCUAUGAGUUCACCGCGGCCAGUCCAGGAGAUGCCAGAGACUGGGUGGAACACAUACAAUUUUUGGUAAAAGAUAUCCUUUCACCCACCAUACCCUAUGAGGAUGAUGAAGAGUCUUAUGAUGAUGUGGACAGCUUGAACUCCUCUCAUAUGAUACGUCCUUCACCUCUGAACAGGGCAAACAGUCCCACCGAGGAUGAUGACAUCUAUGAAGUAGUUCCAGAUCUCCAUGAAACUACAGAAAAUGGCUGCUGGGGAGGUUCUUAUAUAGUAAGGGAUGAGGAUGAAGAGAAUAGAGAUCAGUCCACAUUAACAGGGGAGUCUGUAAUUAAGUAUGCAGAUUAUUACCAGGGACUCUGGAAUUGUAAGAGUGACAAGAGUGAUGAGCUGUCAUUCCAGCGUGGAGACCUUAUCCGUAUUCUAAGCAAGGAAUACAAUGCUUACGGUUGGUGGGUUGGAGAGCUGGAUGGAAUGAUUGGCAUCGUACCUAAGGAGUAUCUACAAGCCGCCUAUGACCUGAGAUGAGCUGAGGUGCAGCACUUCUAAAUGAAAGCUGUUGUGACAGAAACAGGUCUUGAAAGUCACAGUGGUGACCACUAGAUGGCAAACUAUGAGUGUUUUACCAGUAACUAAAUCCAUCCAUGGACAGCCUACUGUGUGCCUGCUUAUGCCAACUACUGAUGCUAGAAAACUAUCUCUGCAGAUUUCUUUAUCGUUUGACCACAAUGUUAAAAUUUUGUUCUUACACAAUCAAAUUUGUUUGAUUCCCUAGUUAACCAUAUUUCGAAUUCAACUCGGCUGAAAAAUUUGACAAAAUCUUUACCGGGACCACUGUGGGAGUAGCCACUAUUAGCAAAUAUGCCCCUAUGACUAGCUUACAUUUCUGCUUUCCGCUCAGUAUGGAAGAUUCGACCCGUAUGAAAGAUUUGUAUGAAAGAUGUACAGGUAGAUGUUCUAACACAAACUUGCACAUAGAGGCUAAAACUAAAUCAUUCCUAGCAAACCACCGUUGCAGAUGGUACAGGAGCCCUCUUUAGAGGGAGCGCCGCAAUUAUAAUACCCAUGUUGGCUCUUCCCAGGGGUGUUGCAUGCAGAAGGAAUGUAGUGCUGAGCAUGCUGACCAUCUUAUCAUGGGCGCUGUACCAAAAAACAAAACAGCAGCUGUGGAGAGUGACAUCUGAAGCAUGACAGAAGUAUUCAUUAAAUGGGUAUAGCCGCUAUCAAACCGAAGGGAGAAGCAGGAGACAGCUGCCAAUGGCGGCAGACAUGUGGCACACUGGGAUUAUACGACUGAUCUGGCCUAUAAGAGAAUAUGCAGUGACAUAUCUUUAUUCCAAACUUUUUUUUUACGGUUUUAUUUUUAAUAUAACUUUAUUUUGAACUAUUCUAAAUACCCUAAAACCCAUUUUUUUAAUGUACUUUAUAUAUUGAUUUUUACCCU